AUUUCACUGCUGAUACCGCCAUUUUGUCGCUAUCAUACAUUGCUGUUAUACUGCCAGUUUUCUCCACCUGUUUGCCUCACAGUUUGCUUAUUUCCAGUUGAUAUCACCAUGACGUCGUACACUCAAGCUCUUGACCUGGUGAUAAGGUUCCCUUUGAACUUCGACAUCUGGGCCCCUCCUCGCCAACGUCCUACUGGGAGAUACAUGACCAUCCUAGAGCCCCUGUCAGAGCUGCCCGUCCCUCCCACCUCUAUCCCCAACCCUGCUUCUCUCUCUACCCCCGUCCUGCGUGAUGCCCCUCACUUCGUCGAUAUUAACCUCGAUGAUGACGACACCCCGAUCCAGUCCCCAGUUCGACUCUUCUUGACACGUGUGUCUGGGUUCUUGAGGAGAGUGUUCCGAGUCAAGAUGGACGCUUAG